UCUCUAUGACUCCAAACCCCUAACCCCUCUCACAAUCACCAUUGACUCGUCGUCAACCUAACCUCAACAUGUACUCCUAAUAAUCACCGACAGAAAUUCUCAAAAUCAUCAAAAAUAUCUGCUACUACACCAUAAAUCAUAAAAUAGAUUGCGUUGAUAGAAAAUGUUGAAGCUAGUGGGAACCCUGUGGAAUGGUCCGUCACGGUUAUCAUCACGUACCACCAAUUGGUGUCUACCAAAACAGUUGGUGGCUGGAUGCUCCGGGGCUGCGACAGCAACUCAACCCAACAUGGAUCCCGAACUUCCAACUCCGUCAAAAAACCCAAAAGCUCCCAAGCCCGAGGGGACUCACCCGAAGAAUCGCCUGGUGACACAGGCUUUCAGCGAGUUGAACAUCGGCAAUUCGAGUGAAGUAUCUCCAUCAAAGAAACUUCAGAGCUCCAUUGAGAGCCUCCUCUCCUCCAUAAACGAAAAAUUCAUCAGCUACAAGCAAGCACAGCAUACAAUAACCCUCCUCUCCCAGCAGGUGGAGAAAGGUAAUGUCGAUUUAAAAACCCUAGGGAGCGACGAGAGGUACAUGAGAUUCUGUCGAAUAAUUGCGAAAAAAGUGAGUACUACAACUGUAAAAUCAACGGACGGGGAAAUAAUCUCCGAGCAGAAUGUGCUUACUGUUGGUGAUCUACACAAUCCGGUGGAGGUCGGAACACUUCCCCUCGCCCAGGCCGUUCAGAUCUUCUGCGGACUGGCUGUCAGACAGAGGCGACCUAGACCUCUUCUUCGAGGCCUCGCCGAGAAUAUCAUAAAGAACUCAAGUGCUUUGACGAUUAAAAAUAUUGCUGACAUAUUGUACAGCAUGGCGAGACUCAAUUUCACUGAAGAGGACCUCCUCGUGAGGCUCUGUGAAGACUUGAGAAAAAAAAUACCUCAGAUCAAUCAGAGCCCCAUCAUCGGUUCCGUCCUCACUUCCUUGGGAAUGAUGAGGUACAGGGACGAGGCCCUCAUGGACACUCUCUGCGACUGGAGCAUCAAGCACAAGGAGGUCUUGAGGAUUCAGGAUCUCUGCGCUCUGCUGAUGACUCUCGCUGUCGUUGGAUACAGUCCCGGAAAUUUCGAAGUUCUAUACAGAGAUUUGGUGGUCGAUCUCAAGGACACCGACAUGACAAAGGUGUCAGAGUGGGUGGAUGUCGUGUGGUCGUUGGUCGUUCUGAACCGAGCGUCCCAUGAGCAGGUGGAGAGUACGUUGAAUAAUAAGUUCAUUGCGACACUCACAGAUGGUGCAGACAUCCCUAUUGCCAAGAAGCAUAAAUUAUUAAAUAUAAAUGCAGCGGCGAAGUAUUUAUUAAAAAAUUACUCGGGUCCAUUUUUGGAUGAGAAUUCACCAGUGAUGGUGGCACCUAUUGCCAGAAUGAAGGACAAGGAAAUAUUUGUCAAGGCUAUUACCGAUGCACUGGCAAAUCUAUUUCCAUCUAGAGAACAUUUUCGAACAAAUGUUGAUGCUCGAACAGGAUUUUUAAUAGACGUCGAAUUUUUUAUUGAUCCAAAAUUGACUACGUUACCUGUAGAUAAGGCCAGUGAGAAUACAAACGCGUUGAGGAUAGCAAUUAUUGCAAGUUAUUACCACGACUUCUGUGUGGGGAAAAAAAAUAUCCUAGGUUCGGUUACACUUCAUAGUCGAUUACUCGAAGCGAUGGGCUACCGAAUUCUCAAUAUAUCACACAAAGAUUUUCAUACGGACGAUAAAUUACUGAAACGAAUUUCAUACCUCAAUGAUCGUAUUAAAACCAUUGUAAAAUAGUUAGAUAUAGUGUAAUGAUAAUGGUUGAUCAUGUGAAUAUAUUAAUACACAGUAUAAAAAUUUCUGUUAAAUGUGAUGUUUAACUUACCCUCUUGAUGAUUUCAAUUUAGUGAACCAAUGAUCAAUUGUUUUGGUUCAAGGAGAAUUUUAUUAUUUUUUUUAGUUAUGAGAAUGAUAAUUAAAUUGUCUUAUAGACGAGAAAAAAAUGUUUCAUACUUUUUUUUGAACUUCAAAGGGGUUUAAUUUCCGUCAAUUGGAUUCCGUAGUCCACAAAUAGUGCAAAACUUGAAUUAAUUU